AUGGAAGAAUCAACAAAAGUUUGUUCCGAGGUCCCUGAGGAUCUAAAGACGGUCGAUGUUUCUGUUAAGGAUGUGAAUAAAGAAGCAAGAAAGGAAGAUAAAGUUAUGGAGAAAGAAGAAGAAGAUACUACAUUUGAUGGUGGAUUCGUAAAAGUUGAGAAAGAAGGGAUUGACACUAAGGAUUAUGAGAAGGCAGAGAAGCAAGUUCCAAUCGAAACAAGAUCUCGGCUCGAAGAAGAGUUGUUGGCUCUUGAAGAUCUCAAGGGUAAAGUCUCUGAGCAAGAAAGCAUUAAUCUAAAGCUAAGGGAAGAACUCAAAGAGAAGGAUUUGCUCCAUGCCUUAUCCAAAGACCAAGAAGGUAAAAUCAGAAGUGCGAACGAGAAGUUGACCGAGGUGUUGAAAGAAAAACAAGUUCUUGAAACAUCUGUGGCAGAGAUCACUGGUCAAGCAGCUAAAACGAAGGAGAUGUGCGAUAAACUCGGAGAGAAACUGAAGAUAAUGGAUGAAAAUUUCUCCAAGACAGAUGCACUGCUAUCUCAAGCCUUGUCCAACAACUCUGAUCUUGAAGACAAACUGAAAUCUAUGGAGGAAUCAUCUAAGGAAGUAACUGAACUAAAAUCUGCUUUGCUGGUCGCCGAAGAGGAAGAGAAAAAGUUGAAUAGUCAGAUGCGUGAAUACCAAGAAAAGGUAACUAAACUCGAUUCUUCUCUGAACCAAUCAUCGGCGAGAAUCUCAGAGCUUGAAGAAGAUUUGAGAACUGCUUUGCAGAAAGGUGCAGAUCAUGAAGAUCUUGGAAAUUUGAGUACUCAGCGCAGCGUUGAACUAGAAGCUCUGUUCCGAACAUCGCAGUCAAAACUAGAGAAAGCAGAGGAAAAACUGAAAGACUUGGAGGCAUUCCAAGUGAAAAGCUCGAGUCUUGAAGCUGCUUUAAGCGUUGCAAGAGAGAAAGAGAGGGAGUUGUCAGAAAAUAUGAAUGCUGUGAUGGACGAGAAGAAAGCGGCAAUGGAGGAAUUCGUUAGCAGAGAUACAGAGGCCAAGUCAUUGACAGAGAAAUCGAAAGAUCUCGAGGAGAGGAUAAGGCUAUAUGAAGAGAAGUUGGCUGAGGCAUCUGCUCACUCGUUUUCUUUGAAAGAAGAACUCGAUCAGUCUUCCUUGGAGAACGAGUUACUAGCAGAUACAAACAACCAGCUCAAGACCAAGAUUCAAGAACUUGAAGGAUAUCUGGAUUCUGAGAAGGAAACCGCCACUAGACAGACUGAAGAAGCAACGAAAAAGUUUAAUCAGAGAGACAUAGAAGCUAAAGACUUGAUUACAAAGCUGAAAUCUCACGAGAACCUAAUCGAGGAGCAUAAGAGGCAAGUUAUUGAAGCAUCUGGAGUUGCUGAUACUAGAAAGAUGGAGCUUGAAGAGGCUUUAUCUAAACUCAAGACUUUCGAAGUUACAAUCAAAGAGCUUGAGAAAGAAAACGGAUCUUUGGCUGAGGUGAAUUUAAAGCUGAACGAGGAACUAGCCAGUCAUGGGUCAGAGACCAGAGAUUUUCAGGCAAUGUUCUCUGCAUUAGAGGCUGAAAAAGACCAAACAGCAAAAGAGCUUCAGGUUUCAAAGGCAACCAUAGAAGAACUAACAAAUCAGCUUACUUCUGAAGGAGAAAGAUUACGUUCACAGAUUUCUUCCCUUGCAGAAGAAAAUAACCAAGUGAAUGAGAUAUAUCAGAGCACUAAGAGUGAGCUCGUAAAGCUUCAAGAACAACUCGAAGCAGAGAAAUCUAAGUCCGAUGCUAUGGUAUCCGAAAUCAAGAAUCUCAGUGCUGUGGCUGCUGAAAAGUCGGUGUUGGAGUCAAACUUUGAAGAAGUUGAAAAACAGUUGAAAAACACUGAAGCUCUGUUGAAAGAAGAGGUCAAAAAAGUUGAAGAAUUGACCUUAAAAUUGCAUGAACAUGAACAUAAGGCGAGUGUUCAUAAAGAGCUUCAAGCUUCUCACGCAGUCAUUUCUGAAGAGAAAGAAGCGGUUUCUCAGAAGUAUUCGGAAUUGGAAGCUAUUUUGAAGAAGUCACAAGAAGAGCUUGAAGCUAAGAAAAGUAUGAUCCUUCAUCUCGAAUCACUGUUAAAAGAUCUUGAACAGAAUGUGCAGCUUGCAGAUGCUAAAUCUAAGGAGGAAACCGAGUGUAAGUCAAAAGGAGAAGUAGAAGUUACAUCUCGUGACAUUGACUUCUCUUUCACAUCUCCAACGCAACGUAAGAACAAGAAGACCCUAGAUGCUUCUUCUUCAGGAAAUGUUACAAUGCAGAAAGCUGAAAAAUCAUCACAUCUCACCACAUUGAAGAUCAUCCUUGGAGUGGCUCUUGUGUCUAUCAUUAUAGGUAUAUUUCUUGGGAAAAAGUAUUAA